AGAGACGGCCCAGUUCAACAGUAAGCUGCCAGUGUGAGGAUGAAGAUCUCUGUGAGUUUCACGCUGUUGCUGCUGCUCGGCUCCGUCCCCGCAAGUGAAGGUGUUGAAUGCCAGCGGGCUUUUCCAGAAGACAUCUACGCUGCUCUGAGAGAAACAACCGCAUCGUUGGUUCAACUGAAGGCUGACGUAACGUUGCAGACUACAGAACAAGCAGCACAGCUGAAGACUGAAGUGGACAAGCUGAAGCAACAGCAACAAGAACAAGCAGCACAGCAGAAGACUGAAGUGGACAAGCUGAAGCAACAACAGCUAGUCCGACAGGUUGCGUUCUCAGCCUCUCUGCUGGUUGCAGGUGAAGCAACUAUUGGACCCUUUCCCACGGCCACUCCCCUGAUCUUCAAACACGUUGUCACCAACAUUGGAAAUGCCUACAACUCAAACUCAGGUGUGUUCACUGCCCCGGUGAGAGGAGCGUACUACUUUGAGUGGACGGUCGGUGCAUUAGGAGACAACAGCUAUCCUUCAGCUGCUGUGUUGGUCAAGAACUCAGAGAAUGUUUUCAUGGCAUUCGAGCAACAGGCAGCCGGUUUUAUGAGUUCCUCUAAAGGCGUUACGCUUUUGCUGGAGGUGGGAGACGUCGUGUUUGUGCGUCUGCACGGUGUGGCAUUUGACGAUUAUAAUCACCACACCACCUUCAGUGGGUUUCUGCUGUUCCCCAUGUAAGACAGAAACAGCAGCUCUGAGAUAGUCAUGCAGGUUGUUGUUGUCUUAAACAAGUCUUCA